UAAGUGUUCUGUACUUUUGUUCUUCUCUGCCACUUGAAAUUCUUCUCAAAAAUUCAUCUUUGGUUUGAAGAGCUGUAGAUUGAUCAACAAUGAAGCCUUGCAGCACUUGCCUUUCUCACACUCUAAUGUUCUUGAACUAUGUCCAAGCAUUUAAUGGUGUCUCCAUUUUGAUCUACUCUUUGUGGAUUCUGACAUGCUGGAGCACUCAGCAGAAUGAAGGAGCAUCAUGGUUUGUGUGGUUUGCUUUUGGAGUUGGUGUUUCUGUUUGUUUGAUUGCUUUCAUUGGGUAUGUUUCUGCAGAGGUGACCAAUGGUUGCUGUCUUUGUUUUUAUGCAUUGUUCACGUCGAUACUAAUUGUAUCCGAAGCAGCUUUAGUGUGUGAUAUCAUCUUGAACAAACAAUGGGAAAAGGAUUUUCCUCGUGAUCACACCGGAGAACUUAAACGGCUUAGCCAAUUUAUCGAAGCUAAUAUCGAUAUGUGCAAGUGGUUUGCCAUUGUUGUAUUUGCCAUUCAGAUGCUUUCAAUCAUGCUUGCGAUGAUACUUCGACUCAUGGCUCGGUCAAAGCGAGUGAACACUGGUAGACAUGAAGAUUAUGAUGCUAUAAGAAAACCGCUUCUAAACCAACUAGAUGCUCCGAUCGCUUCGACUUCUUCAGGCAACGAAAAAAUCCCCAUGAAAACUUGGCGUUCAGCAAUGAAGGAUAAGCUCUGGUGGGCAAAGAAUCAAUCUUCAGAUGAAGCUGUCGUCUGAAAAGUUCGCGACAUUAUUCUUAUGGCCACUAAAGCGAUCACUCUGUAUAUAGUGGGGUUCUGAAUAAAAUGCUGUUAAUAUAUGACCUGAAUUCAGAGUGUGCUAGAAAAAAAAGUGUAGUACAUAAUUGCAUUUGUUGUAGCUGGAUUUUGUUUGCUUCAGAUUGUGGUCCUGAAGAAGACAUUACUGAACCUUUCUGUACCCAAUAAUUUGAUUCGUGAUGCUUCUAGUGAUCAA